CAGUAAUGGAAUUGAUGGCUUGAUGCUUUCAUGCUUCUGCGGGCAACAGAACAAACAUCGUCGGAGGAAUGAAUAGAAGCUGAGUAAAGGCUGAACCGUGGGUCUAGGCUUCCAGAUUCAGACUGCAGCGGCCGUUAUUCGAGCGGAUUAGUGUUGUUGGGUUCUGAAGUCAGACAGCCUUGAAGUAUAAUAUAUUAAUCUCCGGAAGAGUUUUCACAGUUUCAGAAAGGCAAGGAAUUAGCAGAAGAAAGAGACACAAACGUAAGACGAUGCUAUGAGCCUCAGACAGCGCCCAGCUGCGGCCGCCGCUCGCGGUGGUGGUCCGGACCCUGGCUCCGGCUACGGUUCCACCCCGCCACAAGCCAACGACUAUGAAGAACCUUUCAACAUCAUCCCCGUCCACAACCUCCUUGCUGAUCACCCCUCUCUCCGCUACCCCGAAGUCCGCGCCGCCGCUGCCGCACUGCGUGCCGUCGGCGACCUCCGUAAACCCCCAUACGUCCAAUGGCGCGACGGCAUGGACCUCCUCGAUUGGCUUGGAAUCUUCUUCGGCUUCCAGCGCGACAACGUCCGCAACCAGAGAGAGCACAUUGUGCUUCACCUAGCCAACGCCCAGAUGCGCCUUCAACCCCCUCCCGAUAACAUCGACUCCCUCGACCACGCCGUCCUCCGUCGCUUCCGUCGCAAGCUCCUCAGGAAUUACACGCGUUGGUGCUCUUACCUCGGCUGCAAAUCUAAUAUAUGGAUCUCUGAACGCCGUGAAUCCCCUUUCGAUCAACGACGUGAGCUCCUCUACACAUCCCUUUACGUCCUUAUCUGGGGUGAAGCCGCCAAUCUUCGCUUUGUCCCCGAAUGCAUUUGCUAUAUUUUCCACCACAUGGCUGGGGAGCUUAAUAAGAUUCUCGAAGACUACAUCGACGAGAACACGGGCCGAGCUGUGCUGCCUUCGAUUUCUGGUGAGAACGCAUUCUUGAACCGUGUUGUUACUCCUCUUUACCACACACUUAAGGCUGAGGUUGAUAGCAGCCGUAACGGCACUGCCCCUCAUUCCGCUUGGAGAAAUUACGAUGAUAUCAAUGAGUACUUCUGGAGCCGGCGCUGCUUUCAGAAACUCAAGUGGCCUAUUGAUGAAGGCAGCAACUUCUUUGUAGUUAAGGGUAAAAGCAAGGGGGUGGGCAAGACAGGUUUUGUAGAGCAGAGAUCAUUCUGGAAUAUUUUUCGAAGCUUUGAUCGACUGUGGAUCAUGCACAUAUUGUUCCUUCAGGCUGCCAUUAUUGUCGCAUGGGAGGGGAAGGAAUACCCCUGGACUGCGUUGGAGAGCCGUGAUGUUCAGGUUCGGGUGCUUACUGUCUUCAUCACUUGGGCGGGCCUACGUUUCCUUCAGUCGCUGCUUGAUGCUUGUACCCAGUACAGUCUGGUAUCAAGAGAGACGUUGUGGCUUGGGGUGAGGAUGGUUCUAAAGAGCAUUGUUGCCACGGUAUGGGCUGUUGUAUUUGGUAUUCUCUAUGGAAGGAUUUGGUCGCAGAGGAAUUCUGAUCAUAGGUGGUCUGCCGAGGCAAACCGCAGGAUGGUGACUUUCCUUGAGGCUUCAUUUGUUUUUAUAAUCCCAGAGUUGCUGUCAUUGGCUCUUUUUAUUCUCCCAUGGGUUCGGAAUUUCCUUGAGGGCACAAAUUGGAGGAUCUUCUAUAUCUUGACUUGGUGGUUUCAGAGCAAGGCCUUUGUAGGUCGUGGCCUUAGGGAAGGUCUAGUGGACAACAUAAAGUAUUCCAUGUUCUGGGUUGUAGUUCUUGCUUCGAAGUUUACUUUCAGUUACUUUCUCCAGAUCAAGCCCAUGGUUGCUCCGACUAAGGCUGUUUUGAAUCUCAGGAAUGUGCAUUACACCUGGCAUAAAUUUUUUGAUGAUACAAACAGGCUUGCAGUGGGGUUGUUGUGGCUUCCAGUGGUUUUGAUUUACCUCAUGGAUUUGCAGAUCUGGUAUUCAAUCUUUUCCUCCUUUGUUGGUGUAAUGGUUGGAUUGUUCUCACACCUGGGUGAGAUUCGGAAUAUCCAGCAGCUGAGGCUGAGGUUCCAGUUCUUUGCUGGUGCAAUGCAAUUUAAUCUCAUGCCACAGGAGCAGCUGCUGAAUGCACGAGGGACGCUAAAGAGCAAGUUGAUUGAUGCCAUUCAUCGAUUGAAGUUGCGCUAUGGGCUGGGCCGGCCCUACAAGAAGAUUGAAUCAAACCAGGUUGAGGGGUACAGAUUUGCCUUGUUAUGGAAUGAAAUAAUUGAAACUUUCAGAGAAGAAGACAUUAUAAGUGACCAGGAGUUGGAGCUCUUGGAACUGACACCAAACACUUGGAAUAUUAGGGUCAUACGCUGGCCAUGUUUGCUCCUGUGCAAUGAGCUGCUUCUUGCUCUCAGCCAGGCAAAAGAGUUGGUGGAUGCACCCGAUAAAUGGGUUUGGUACAAAAUUUGCAAGAACGAGUACAGGAGAUGUGCAGUAGUGGAAGCUUAUGAUAGCACCAAAUACUUGCUCCUAGACAUUGUCAAGGAUAACACUGAAGAGCAUUCCAUUCUUAGAAGCAUUUUCCUUGAGAUUGAUCAGGCACUUCAGUUGGAGAAGUUCACAAAGACCUACAAGACAACUGUAUUGCCACAGAUACAUACUAAAUUGAUAUCUCUUCUGGAUCUCCUAGCCAAGCCUAAGAAAGAUGUAGCCCAAAUAGUGAAUGUAUUGCAGGCCCUCUAUGAGAUAUAUAUUAAAGAUUUCCCAAAGGAGAAGAGGACCAUAGACCUGCUGAGACAGGAUGGUUUGAUGCCUGAGAGGCACACAGGGUUGCUUUUUGAGAAUGCUGUUGAGUUGCCUGAAGAUGCCUCUUUCUAUCGGCAGGUGCGACGUUUGAAGACUAUUCUUACAUCUAGGGACUCGAUGCAUAACAUCCCAAAGAAUCUUGAGGCGAGACGACGCAUAGCCUUUUUUAGCAAUUCCCUGUUUAUGAACAUGCCCCAUGCUCCUCAAGUUGAGAAAAUGAUGGCAUUCAGUGUUCUAACUCCUUAUUACAAUGAGGAAGUCCUAUACAGCAAAGAACAACUAAGGACUGAGAAUGAAGAUGGAAUUUCUACUCUGUUUUAUUUGCAGAAGAUUUAUGAUGAUGAAUGGGCUAACUUCAUAGAACGAAUGCACAGAGAGGGGGUGAAGGAUGAGAAAGAGAUUUGGACAGAUAGGUUGAGAGACCUCCGUCUUUGGGCAUCAUACAGAGGUCAAACGCUAUCUCGCACUGUAAGGGGAAUGAUGUAUUACUACAAGGCUCUCAAGAUGCUGGCAUUUCUUGAUUCUGCAUCUGAGAUGGACAUUCGGGAAGGAUCGCAAGAACUUUCUUCUGUUGGUCCAAUGAAACGAGAUGGCAAUGUGGAUGAUCUGGGCUCAGCUCCAUCCUCACGAAAUUUGAGCCGUGCAAGUAGUGGUGAAAAUCUGUUAUUCAAAGGUCAUGAAUAUGGGACUGCAUUGAUGAAAUACACAUAUGUAGUUGCCUGCCAAAUUUAUGGGACUCAAAAGGCAAAGAAAGAUCCACGUGCUGAGGAGAUUCUGUAUUUGAUGAAGAACAAUGAAGCCCUUCGAGUUGCCUAUGUUGACGAGGUUCAGACAGGGAGGGAUGAAAAGGAUUAUUAUUCAGUUCUUGUGAAAUAUGACCAGGAUUUACAAAAGGAGGUGGAAAUAUACCGGAUCAUGUUGCCUGGUCCCUUGAAGCUUGGAGAGGGUAAACCAGAGAAUCAAAACCAUGCUAUUAUAUUCACUCGUGGUGAUGCAGUUCAAACAAUUGACAUGAACCAAGACAACUAUUUUGAGGAGGCCCUCAAGAUGCGGAAUCUAUUGGAGGAAUACAGAAGCUACUAUGGUCUUCGGAAGCCAACUCUCUUGGGAGUCCGUGAACACAUCUUCACUGGUUCUGUCUCCUCACUUGCUUGGUUCAUGUCUGCUCAAGAGACAAGCUUUGUUACAUUGGGACAGCGUGUUCUGGCAAACCCUCUCAAGGUCCGAAUGCACUAUGGCCACCCUGAUGUGUUUGAUAGAUUCUGGUUCUUGACUCGGGGUGGCAUCAGUAAGGCCUCCAGAGUGAUAAACAUCAGUGAAGACAUAUUUGCAGGCUUCAAUUGCACACUACGGGGUGGUAAUGUUACACACCAUGAAUACAUCCAGGUAGGUAAGGGAAGGGAUGUUGGGUUGAAUCAAGUAUCAAUGUUUGAGGCCAAGGUUGCUAGUGGCAAUGGUGAACAGGUUUUGAGCAGGGAUGUGUACCGGUUGGGUCAUAGACUGGACUUCUUCCGAAUGCUCUCAUUCUUCUAUACUACUGUGGGCUUCUAUUUUAAUACAAUGAUGGUGGUCCUGACUGUUUUUGCAUUUGUUUGGGGCCGCCUUUAUCUGGCUCUCAGUGGAAUAGAGAAGUCCAUGAUUCAAAGUUCAAAUAACAAUAAAGCACUUGGUACAAUCCUGAAUCAGCAAUUCAUUAUCCAGGUAGGUCUUUUUACUGCUCUCCCCAUGAUUGUGGAAAAUUCUCUUGAACAUGGGUUCCUUAAUGCAAUCUGGGAUUUCUUGACAAUGCAACUCCAGCUUGCAUCUGUAUUUUACACAUUCUCAAUGGGGACCCGUACACAUUUCUUUGGCCGGACAAUUCUUCACGGUGGUGCAAAAUAUCGGGCCACUGGGCGUGGUUUUGUUGUGCAGCACAAGAGCUUUUCUGAGAACUAUCGACUUUAUGCCCGUAGCCAUUUUGUCAAGGCAAUUGAACUUGGAGUGGUUCUGACAAUUUAUGCCUCAUACAGCUCUCUUGCCAAGGACACUUUUGUUUACAUAGCCAUGACAAUAUCAAGUUGGUUUUUGGUAGUAUCAUGGAUCAUGGCUCCCUUUGUGUUUAAUCCUUCUGGAUUUGAUUGGUUAAAGACUGUAUACGACUUUGAUGACUUUAUGAAUUGGAUAUGGUAUCGUAGUGGGGUAGGCACUAAAGCUGAUCAGAGCUGGGAAACAUGGUGGUAUGAAGAGCAGGAUCAUUUAAGAACCACAGGUCUUUGGGGGAAACUAUUAGAAAUAAUCUUAGAUCUUCGCUUUUUCUUUUUUCAGUAUGGGGUUGUAUACAAUCUAGGCAUUGCCAAUGGGCAUACAGGGAUUGGUGUUUACUUGUUUUCAUGGAUUGGUAUAGUUGUGCUCAUUGGAAUUUACGUGAUAAUUGCAUAUGCUCGAGACAGAUAUGCAGCAAAAGAACAUAUCUAUUAUCGGCUGGUUCAGCUCCUCGUUACUGUGGCUACAGUACUUGUCAUCAUUCUCUUGCUGAAAUUCACCCAUUUCAAGUUCAUUGAUAUUCUCACAAGCUUGUUGGGAUUUAUCCCUACAGGUUGGGGACUAAUAUCCAUAGCCCAGGUUUUCAGGCCCUUUCUAAAGUCUACUGUAGUGUGGGAGAUUGUGGUGUCUAUUGCUCGUAUGUACGACAUACUUUUUGGAGUAAUUGUUAUGGCCCCUGUGGCUUUUCUUUCAUGGAUGCCUGGAUUCCAGUCUAUGCAGACAAGAAUCCUCUUCAAUGAAGCAUUCAGUAGGGGACUUCAGAUAUCUCGUAUUCUAACAGGCAAAAAAUCCAAUGAGAAAUUGUGAUUUGAGGUUUGGAGAUAGAACAUGGUGUAGAAGGUCUUUUAAAGUUAAGAAAGGUUGGAGAUUAUUUCCAUCUAUUGAAGUUCUUAAGCGUGGAUAGUAGUACUGUGGCUGCUGCCAUAUUCUUCCCAUCCAGUGCCAUUGGAGGGCAGACUUGAGCAUUUCUUGAUCUUUGGCUGCAUCUUCCCUUUAAUGCUGUAAUUAAUGAAUUCACUAAUCCGUUCGUGUGAGAUUCUUUAUCUGAGCAGAUUGUAAUUAAUUUCACUAGAGGCCUUUUUGUUUGCUCUGGUCGACAUCUUUGUGGUUUUUUGAGGUUCGGCUUAUGUCAAAUUUCUCCUGCUGAGUGCCAGCUUAGUGUGGCAGUUAUGGGAAGCACUUUAUUAUUUCUCUCUUCCUCAGUUCACUCCAUCUGUCUUCCAGCUGCUGUAAGACUACCAGCCUACCACUUGCCUGUACGUUUACAGGUGGAAAUAUGGAACAUUGCUCCCUAUUCCUCUUCACUCAUUGCAAAAAAAGAAAACACAGAUGAUCUCUCAAUCUGUAAGUGACUAUUUUUCCUUUGCCCUGCAUAUCUGAAAAUUGUAUUGACAGUUCUUUAGGUUGACAGGAGUUUCAUUGCGAGAAAAUAUUUUUGUAUGGAGUGGAUUUGGAUGGCUGCAAUCUCAUGUACACUUUGUCAUCCUACCGUAUUCAUUAAUGAAAUUACUGGCUUCUGAGUUCUGAAUCUUCUGAUUUACACU